CUUAACCCUCUUCACUUUUUCUUUACCUUUCACUUUUUAUUUCCUAGGAAAAAUUAAUGAGUUGCAGUGACGACCUGAACAGACUAAACAGACAUACGAUCAUAACAAAGGGACAAUCCAUCUGGAGAUGAUUAACAGUGCAGAUGGAGUUCAGUGGUACUUGUUGAUCCCAUUACAUACGUUGGUGCAAGAAAUUUGUGUCAUUGUGAUAACGUAUAUCUUGAUAAUUGGGAGAAAGGAAAUGCUCAACAAUAGAAAGUGGAGAGGGGUUUGUUUAUAUUGAUAGUGGGGGGAAAGGAGUUGAAGGUGAUACCGUAUGGUAUUAUUUUUAUUGAUGAUGAUGAUAAGGGCUGUACUUCAUACUCGGUAAAACGACGAGCAUCAGAGUUAUUCGUGGUGUAUUCAACCUCGUGUUCUCUCGGUGAAAUCUUAAAAGGCGUCUGGCCUAGAAACACUGUCACGAAGGGAAACGUCUCUGGUGUAGGUGCCUCUCGUCUUCGCAUCACCGGAAGCUAUCGUCUGGUGAAAGAGUAUCGAAAUGCAUGUAUAUCCGGACGUCACAGCGAGGCAUUGAUCGUGGGUGGUGGAAGAUGAAAAUACCUAGAUUCGCGUUCUCACCGUGACGCAUGUCACAAGAUUAUAUUUAAAGGUCAUAUUCCCGAUCGAAAUUGAUGAGACUUUGAAAAAAAAAUAUUGAAAUUCCAGCAUUGGAGAGAUUCAACAAAUAUGCAGCAAUAAAAAAAUAGUGAGCGAUGAACUUGGCGGUAGCGAUUGGUAGAACAUGGCCAGAAGUGUUACAAAUCGUGCCCCAUCGGGAUUAUUGUGGAUGAGCACCAAAAAUAAGAGUAAUAAUACUGAAGAAUCCCAUGAUGUCACGGGCUACAGUAAUUUAUUUGAGGAUGCUGAAGAUAUCGGGUGCAGUUAUGCUAUUGAAGAUUGAGCCUGUGAUAUUCAUAAUAUAACCGAAUCGAUUAACGCUGCUAUUAGAUCACUUGUUUGUGUUGGAAAAAUGGAGUCUUCCCGGGUGAUUUUUGGCUGUCCAGAUUGUAUGAGCAAUCUGGUAUCCACGGCGUCCACCACAAGGUGUUCACUCUGCGAGCGUCUUCAGGGUAAUCCCACGGAAUCUGAUGAUAUGAGGUAUAAAUUGUUGGAUAAUGCGGGGAGUAAUAACGGGUUCAAUGCGAAUGGUGAGAGAAUCCAGUGUCAUGGAUUUAUAAGAACAAUGAGGACGCGUUAUGGAGAUUCACGUGGUGCUUCGAGUGUUGUACGAUGGGCAGGGUCCAGUGGAAAUUCUUUCAGUCUUCUCAGUGUCACAGUCUUUGUUUUGCUGAUUGCAUUUGUUAAUGUGACAGUUGCCGAAUUGAAUCUAUCAACCGUUGGAAAAGCAACGAAUUCCUCCAACAAUGGUGUGUGCCAAAGCAUAGACAUAAGAAAUCACGUGGAUCAGUUUUCAAGGCUAAGAGGAUGUCGUGUGGUUGAGGGUUUUGUACAAAUUCUACUUAUAGACCACGCUAAUGAAACGGCCUACAUCAAUCAAACAUUUCCAGAAUUGAUCGAGAUCACUGGAUACCUCGUAUUAUACAGAGUUAAUGGCUUGAAGAGCAUUGGUCGACUGUUUCCAAACUUAGCGGUCAUACGUGGUAACUCGCUCUUUAUAGACUAUGCCCUCGUAGCAUUUGAGAUGAUGCACCUGCAGGAAAUUGGCCUACAUUCACUCACCGACAUACUGCGGGGUGGAGUUAGAUUUGAAAAAAAUCCAGCUCUAUGUUACGCUGACACUAUUGACUGGAACAUGAUUCUCAAGGACAAGGACAAGGAGAUAAAAGACAUUGCGCACAUUGGAGGAAAUAAACCACGAAAUGGCUGUCCGGUUUGCGACAGACACUGCCCAACUCGACAAACAAAUAAAGAUGAGACACUUUGUUGGAACAGACAACACUGCCAGAAAGUAUGUGAUAAAGCGUGUGGAGAUCGUACAUGCGCUGCUCACGAUCCCUCAAGUUGCUGUCAUACCUCAUGUCUGGGUGGUUGUACCGGUGGUUCAUCCACCCAAAAUUGUACAGUCUGUAAGGACGUAUUGGUAGCUGGUAGUUGCGUGAAAGAUUGUCCAUCGGGUACCUACAAGUUUAUGAAACGGCGCUGUAUCCAGGAGAACGAGUGUCGAAAGAUGAAGAAACCACGGGAGGCGUACAACAACAUAAAAUACUAUCCUUAUAAGCCCUUUAACAAUACCUGCUUGAUAGAUUGUCCUCCCGGCUUUAUGGAAGAGGAGAGAGAUGGUAAGCAAACCUGCAAAAAGUGCGACGGCCACUGUCUAAAGGAGUGCUCAGGUGCUAACGUAGACAGUAUUGUAUCAGCUCAGAAACUGAGUGGAUGUACCCACAUAAAAGGCAGCCUGGAAAUUCAAAUACGAGGAGGAAAGAACAUUGUGCAAGAACUAGAGGAAAGUCUUAACAUGAUCGAGGAGAUCGACGGUUAUUUGAAAAUAGUCCGCAGUUUUCCCCUUAUAUCACUCAACUUCCUGAAGAAUUUGAGAAGCAUAAAGGGUCAGUACUUGGACAAUGGAAAGUAUACUCUAGCUGUGCUGGACAAUCAAAAUUUGCAGGAGCUGUGGAAUUGGGAGACCCAUCCCGGCAUAAAAAUUGGUUCAAUAGAUGGUGAUGCCAAAGUUUUCUUUCACUUCAAUCCAAAGCUCUGCCUCCAAAAGAUCGAAGCACUGCGUGAAAAGGCUGAUCUCAAGGAGUUCACCGAUUUGGAGGUGGCACCCAAUAGCAAUGGUGACAAAGUGGCGUGCAAUGUGACUAAACUAAAGACAUUUGUGGCGAAGAGAACGGCAGAGGCAGCGCUCAUAAACUGGGAGCGCUUUCAGCAUCACGAUCCCAGAUCACUUCUCGGUUACGUUGUGUACUUUAUUGAGGCACCCUAUCAAAACGUUACAAUGUACGAUGGCAGGGAUGCUUGCGGUGGCGAUCGUUGGCGUGUUGACGACGUAGCCGCUACCGAUAGCUCCGAACCCUACUUGACACACAUACUUACACAACUAAAAUCAUACACCCAGUACGCUUAUUACGUUAAAACGUACACCAUUGCCACUGAGCGCUCUGGAGCCCAAAGUGAUCUCAUGUACUUCACAACACUGCCAAGUCCACCCGAACCACCCCGGGUCCUUCUCACUUGGAGCAACUCGAGCAGCGAACUCAUUAUUCACUGGACCGAGCCAAUCAGCUUCAACGGCAAUCUAACGCAUUAUCGUAUUGUUGGCAAGUGGGAACCUGACGAUUCAGCCUUUCUCGCCCAGAGGAAUUACUGCGAGGAGCCAAUGCAUCUGCCUGAGAAAAGAACAGAGGCUGAACGAGUUGAGGAAGAGCGCAAACGCGCCGAGACUGAGCGAGAACUCACAAAACUCCCAGAGCAAGCAGCAUGCGACUGUGCUGAUCGAGAAUCUGAUCAGUUGAUGAGGGAGAAGGAAGUGUCGAGCUCCAUAGCUUUCGAGGACGCACUGCACAAUCGAGUAUAUAUCAAGAGGAUUAAUAACCGAAGAAAGAGAAAUUCUAGUGGUUACUCAAGUGCAUCUAUUGAGGAUGACCCCAUCUACGACGAUCUCUUUGGAGUCAAGGGGGAUUUCAGUCCUGGAUUGCUCAGCACCUCGUUACGCAAACGUGCGGUUAAAUCUCCGGGUGAUCAGCCAGCUCCCGAUAAAUUUCUCAAUGGGGGCAUCAUUGCAUUUGAGCGUCUUGUACCCAGUGACAAAAAGUCAUUCGUCAUGCGGAAUUUGCGCAAUUUUGCUGCCUAUAAUAUUGAGAUCCAGGCGUGUCGUCAGCAGGUAGCCAAUGAGAGUGAUCUCUGCUCAACCAAAACUAUGAGGACGUAUCGUACACUCCAGCUUGAGGGUGCUGAUGACAUACCUGUAGACUCCUUUCGGUACACUAUUAUCGGGGGAAAUAGUAGUCAACAAAUGGUGAAAUUGGAGUGGGACGAGCCCAAUCAGCCGAAUGGAAUUAUUGUGACUUAUCACAUCGAGUACAAGCGCAUUGAUAUUCAGAAUUUUCAAGUGACACCGAUUUGCAUCACUCAGCGGGACUUCGCGGCGGCUGGCAGGUCUUAUAUCCUUAAGAAUCUGUCAACUGGCAAUUAUUCAGUGAAAGUGAGGGCUACCAGUCUCGCAGGGGCUGGAUCUGAUUCGGAGACGAAGUACUUUUACAUUGUUGAGUACAACACUAAAGGAACUUUCUGGGUUAUCUUCUGGUCUGUACUGGCAUUCGUUGUUUUUUUGGCACUGAGUGGUGUCUGGUUCUUUAAACGAAAACUGAUGCGCAAUAUGCCGAGUAUGAGGCUCAUUGCCACUGUCAAUCCGGAGUACGUUAGCACGGUUUAUGUGCCGGACGAGUGGGAGAUGCCCAGGAAGAAGAUUCGAUUACUCAAGGAACUUGGUAAUGGCUCUUUUGGGAUGGUAUAUGAAGGACUUGCUAAAGACGUUGUCAAGGGAAAGCCAGAAGUGAAAUGCGCGGUGAAAACUGUCAAUGAAAAUGCCACAGAUCGGGAGAGGAUUGAGUUUUUGAAUGAGGCAAGUGUCAUGAAGGCUUUUAACACUCAUCAUGUAGUUCGGCUGUUGGGAGUUGUCUCUAGGGGACAGCCCACUCUCGUUGUUAUGGAGUUGAUGGUCAAUGGGGAUCUCAAAACUUAUUUGAGGAGUCAUAGGCCUGAUCAGUGCGACAGUAUGACGCAUUUGGCAAAGCAACCACCGACGUUGAAAAGGAUACUCAGGAUGGCCACUGAGAUAGCUGAUGGUAUGGCGUAUCUUUCGGCGAAGAAGUUUGUUCAUCGGGACUUGGCAGCUCGUAAUUGUAUGGUUGCUGAGGAUCUCACCGUAAAGAUUGGCGAUUUUGGAAUGACUAGGGAUAUUUAUGAGACGGAUUACUAUCGGAAGGGGACCAAGGGACUACUUCCGGUUAGGUGGAUGGCUCCUGAGAGCCUCAAGGAUGGGGUUUUCACGAGUUCUUCAGAUGUAUGGAGUUAUGGGAUUGUUCUCUGGGAAAUGGUUACACUCGCGUCUCAACCAUAUCAGGGGCUUUCUAAUGAUCAGGUAUUGAGAUAUGUAAUUGAUGGAGGAGUAAUGGAAAGGCCUGAAAACUGUCCUGAUUCGCUCUACAUCCUGAUGAGAAGGACUUGGAAUCAAAAAGUCAACAGAAGACCGACAUUCAUUGACAUUGCCACAAUGCUGCUGCAAGAGGUGGAUCUCGAGGGCUUCUCGGAGGUGAGCUUCUACCACAGUCCAGAGGGAAUCGAGGCGAGAAAUCAAAAUAGUCAGAACUCACCAGGGAUUGACAAGGACUUCGAAUUAUCCCUGCAGGAGCUCCGUGAGGACGAGAUCGAGGAGGACGAGGACUCCCCUCUGCGUCGGGACUUCGAUGAUUUUGCUAGCAUCGAGCCAGCGUGUUUGAGAAACAGUGCGAAUUCGCGAUAUAGCUCUGAGCCGUGUGGUGAAAAUUCGAAACUAGUAACAAACUUCCAUGACUUUAAUUCUUCAAAGAUACCAUUAAAAGCGGGCUUCGAUGAUUUUGACGGUGUAUCCGGUGGUUCCCUGAGCUCAAGUAAAGAUACUCUGGAUUUUCCAUUCGUCGAGGAUAGCCUCAAGUCGGUUAAAAAUUCACCGUCCAUUUUGAAGAACAGUUAUACACCCAGGGAGAGUGUUAGUCCUGCUUCUGGUAAAAAUUCAUUGAGUCCACAGAACAGAAUUGGCUCGUUGACGAGCAAUCGUGGACGAAAUAUUCAACAUGCUAAAACUCCUGAUUGCCAAAAUCGUACACCCGAGGAAGUUUCGUCGAUUGAGAAUAAAGACACUGUCUCCCUGAAAAUAAUUUUUCCAACGCCGAUAGAGGUUGAGGCUGAUAUUAUAACAAACGACGAUAAAGACAAAUCGCCAGUUGAUUAUACUAAAAAACCAGAGAAUCUUAAUAACGGUUAUAUCAGUGGUACCACAACGUAGUCUUUGUGAGUUAUGUGGAAUUCAAAAUUCAGAACUGAUACAAGAUUUUAUACAGAUCACUUAGAGUUUGGAAUGACAAUGUCAUUGACAUCCUAAUGUUGAUCACUGAACAUUAUCGACAUGUGUGUAGUUAGAUUUUUUCUUUUAAUAUCAUCGUAAAAUGAAUCAUAACCUUAUUGAAAAGGAUAAACCAUUUUUCGUAUACCUUUUUUGUUUCUCUUACCGCGAUGGUAUUUAAAAAUUGUACAUGCAAAUUCAAUUUAUCCAAGUGAAAUUAAUCACAUCUUCGUAAAUUCGAUGCAAAAACGAAUUGAAAGGGCGCUAGGACUCAAUUUUACGCUUUGCGAUACUAAUUAAAAACUCAUCGUUGAGACAAAUUAUCGUAGGAGGCUAGUUGCUUUUUAAACGAGAAAAGAAAACAUUAAAAAAAAGGACGUUAGGGCUUGAAGAAUAAUAACUGGCGUAAGAUAUUACUUUCCUAAGGUCAAUAUUUAGGUUCGUUAUCAAUAUCUCAUGGAUAAACAAUUAGCAUUCAUUUGAAACAGCCCUUACCAUGCUGAUAAUAUUAUUGUUUAAUGAUCAAAGCCAAUCACGGUAUGAUAUUUUUUUUUAUUCAACAAUUUGAUUGAGAAAAAAAACAAGGAAUAUGCUUUUAAUUAUUAAUAUAUGAGAGCAUAUAGACUGUCUUUUUAACCCAGCGAGAGUCAAGAUUGAUUAACGGACAAAUGAAAUACUGACGCUCCCCUGCUCCCAAUUUUAAUGAAGAAUAAAUCAUUUGGAAAUCGGAAAUAAACUGAGAACUAAUAAUAAAAUGGAAGAUAGAAAAGGUGAAAAUGUACAUACGAGCACCGCAAUACAGUUGAAACUAGAUAUAAUGAGCCUCAAAUACAAGACUGAUUAGCUAAUCCCCUCCCACCUACUCCCUUCCCUGUAUAAUCUCAUCAUAAUCCUCUUCCCUUCCAAGUAAGUGAAUGAAAAAAAUAUGGAAACCGUACGAAUAGUUCCGCAACGUUUUUGUUCUUUGUUCAUGCAUUGAAGAAAAAAUUCCAUUCUUAUUUUUUCUCCUUAUUCACUUCGCAACAUGCCUGCUUUGAGUAUAUAAACAAAAAAAAACAGACGACAUAUUUUUCAGCAAAUAAUAAUGGUAAUUAAUUCUAGUACCAGUGACCUAAUAGAAAGUACCUACAUUUAUUUUCAACGCUUUACACGUUAUUAUAUCGUAAAAAAUUAGUUCGUUGGAGAUGAAUUUAAUUAACAGAGAAAAAAGUUGAACGAAAAAGCUGAUGAUGGUAAAAAUUUGAAUGAAGAAAAACCAUUUUUUGUACAGAGUAUAAACGUAAACGUAUCAAUUGUAACAAAGUAAUGAAAAGAGAGGAAGAAGAAACUAAUAAAUAGGAGAAUGAAAAAUGUAAAUUUUCUAGUAAUUAGUCCAUAUUUUAUCCUAGAAACCCUUUUAACUAUUUUAACUAUAAUUUAUCAGCAAGAAACAAGUGCUUCUAAGACAAGGUAUUUGAGAAUUAGACUCGAUAUCAAAAGACCUUGCCAUAUUCUUGGAUUUUACCUGACGUUAUGCGAAAGGGAUACUUCAAUUUAUUUUCAUUUAUUUCCUCUAUCCAUCACAUUUUCCAUAGAAUGCGGACAAUUUAUAUAGCCUUCCACAUCUUGUGGUGUCACAGGAAAUCGUUGGACACGAUCUUGCAUUAAGUCGGAAGAAAACUGGAAUUAUUUUCAAUGA